GACAGGACAUGUGACAGCCAGCCGAGGGAAGCAGCAGUGUUGGCUUCCCUUGCCCUUCACAUCUGUUUCAGCCUGGGAUGCAGGGAGCAGCUGUGUGGUAUCCCGUGUUUUCACUUCACAGAAGAUCUGUGUGGGCUUCCAGGAGCUUCCUGGGGCUUUCACGAUCUGAUUCUGGUAGCUGACUGACGGCUGUGUUUUCCACAGCCCUCCGUGUGGAAAUCGGAAUUCAGAGAGCUUUUAUCAUGCUGAACAGCCGGAACAGGGGAAACCUUCACUGGGGUUUGUGUCUGUGGCUAUGUGGAUUCCUGGCUCUCUUUAAAGGCAGUACAGGCUGUGCCUCUGAAGAGCAGCUCUUCCACACGUUGUUUGCUCACUACAACCGCUUCAUCCGGCCAGUGGAGAAUGUCUCCGAUCCCGUCACGAUACAUUUUGAAUUGGCAAUCACGCAGCUGGCCAAUGUGGAUGAAGUCAACCAGAUUAUGGAGACCAAUCUGUGGCUGCGUCACAUCUGGAAGGACUACAGAUUGCGUUGGGAUCCAACGGAGUAUGAUGGCAUUGAGACACUUCGAGUUCCAGCAGACAACAUCUGGAAGCCUGACAUCGUUCUGUAUAACAAUGCUGUUGGUGACUUCCAGGUUGAAGGCAAGACCAAAGCUCUUCUUAAGUAUGACGGUGUGAUAACCUGGACCCCGCCAGCCAUCUUUAAAAGCUCCUGCCCAAUGGACAUCACCUUCUUCCCAUUUGACCAUCAAAACUGCUCCCUGAAGUUUGGUUCCUGGACUUACGACAAGGCAGAAAUCGACCUUCUCAUCAUUGGCUCUAAAGUGGACAUGAACGACUUUUGGGAAAACAGUGAAUGGGAAAUUGUCGACGCCUCUGGUUACAAGCAUGACAUCAAGUACAACUGCUGUGAAGAGAUUUACACAGAUAUAACCUACUCCUUCUACAUCAGGAGGUUGCCCAUGUUUUACACCAUCAACCUCAUCAUCCCCUGCCUCUUCAUUUCCUUCCUCACGGUGCUGGUCUUUUACCUUCCCUCUGACUGUGGCGAGAAAGUGACUCUUUGCAUCUCUGUUCUGCUUUCUCUCACUGUCUUUUUGCUGGUGAUUACAGAGACCAUCCCAUCCACAUCUCUCGUGAUCCCACUGGUGGGUGAGUAUCUACUGUUCACCAUGAUCUUUGUCACGCUGUCCAUUGUGGUGACCGUGUUCGUGCUGAACAUACACUACAGGACCCCAGCAACGCAUACCAUGCCCAAGUGGGUGAAGACCAUCUUCCUUCAGGCCUUCCCCUCGAUUCUGAUGAUGAGGAGGCCUCUGGACAAAACAAAGGAGGAAGGAGGUGUUAAGGACCCCAAAAGCCAUAGCAGGAGGCCUGCCAAGGUCAUGUUUACUCAUCGAGGAGAACCCAAACUUCUAAAGGAAUGCCACCACUGCCAAAAAUCAAGUGAUACAGCACCUGGAAAGAGAAGAUCAAGCCAGCAGCCUGCACGGUGGGUGGCAGAGAAUUCAGAGCACUCGCCCGAUGUUGAAGAUGUCAUCGAGAGUGUUCAAUUCAUAGCAGAAAACAUGAAGAGCCACAAUGAAACAAAUGAGGUAGAAGACGACUGGAAAUACAUGGCUAUGGUGGUGGACAGGGUCUUCCUCUGGGUAUUUAUAAUUGUCUGUGUGUUUGGAACUGUGGGGCUGUUUCUGCAGCCACUGCUUGGGAACACAGGAAAGUCUUAAUUGGUAUUGUCCCUUUACCUUCUGAAUCUUUUAGAUGUUGUGUUUUUUCCGAACUAGUCCCCACAAGAAAAAGGCAACUACACCGUCUCCUAAACCAAGACAAGAAGGGAGUGGGCAUUGCUGCAGCCUUAGGAGCCUGAAUACGUGUCUUCCUUACACUGGGUGUUUUAUCAUCUUGGAGCCCAGAGCCGGCAGUGGUCCUAGGCUAGGAGGACUGAGUCAGCUUCUCUAUAAUUUGCAUUCUUUGUUUCAAGAAGCACAAAUGGUCCCUUAUAGAGCUAGGCCCCAUAGUCAGAGUCAGUCCACCCUGAAAGGCUUGUAUCCGAAGCUCCUGCUGGUUAUUGCAAGUGAUGUGUAUGGCUAUCGAGAAACUCGAGAACACUGCUGACACUUGCAACACACCUGUCUGCUACUUUCUUAUGCAUGUCCCUGUGAUGUAGCUCACACUCAUAUCUGACACGUGCAAUGGUCACAGAAGAAAGCAGAUAGCAUCUCUCUUAGCAGACUAUUCAAUUCGUGGUGCAAUUGGUUUUCUGUCCGUGUGAAAACCACUGAGAUGAUAGGUGUAAAAGGAUGACGUUUAUAUGAGCUCAUGGAUUUAGAGAACUCUGCCCAUGAUCACUAGGCCCCAUUGCCUCUGGGCCUUUGAUGAGGCAGAGCAUCAUGCCUAGAAGAGGAUGGCUUCCCACUUAAAGAUAGCUACAAAGAAAGCAAACAGAGAGGAAGGCUCUGGAGUGCCAAUAUUCCUUUCACAGUCACGGCCCAAUGACUUCAUGUCUUCUUACAAGACCUUCCAUCCUAGAAGCUCCACUACCUCCUGAUAGUGUGGAGGAAUCAGUCUCUAGCACUUGUCCUUGCUGAUCCAAACUACAGCAGUAUUGUUCUGGCAGGACAUUUGGCUGGCUCCAGUACUGUGCUAGGUGCUACAAGGGGUUACGUAGAGUCUUUCCCUUAUAAAGUUACAGCCUUUUAGAAAAGCCGUAUAUGCAAAGAGCCACAGGAUCAGGUAGUAGAGGAUAUAGCUAGAGCAACCCAAAUAGGAGAAACUAAUCCGGCAAACUUAAAUCACUCUUGUGUUUCAAAUAGAUAUCUGUGUAGCUUUUUCCCACAAGCCCUUCACUAGCUCACUGCAUGGAGAUGAAAUAAAAUCGAUAUGAAAUUUUAA